UACUUGCUUCGUCUCCAACCUACGCGACCUAAAUGGCGAGAAAGCAGCUCGUCGCCCUCCUCCUACUCCGCCGCCGCUUCUCCUCCCUCCGAUCUUCGAUUCCCCGUUUCCGAAGCCCUACGCUCGCGCGCCGCCCUCAUGCUGCUCCCUCCGGACCCCGCUGGUUUUGCUCCGAUGAUAUUUCCGACCUCCGCGAGCGCAUUCUCCUCCUCUCCGAGAGCCACUCCGAGGUCUCCAAAGAGGACAAGGAGUCUCUCCGAUUUUCCGUUCACGCGCUCGCGGACGAGCUCCUCGCCCUCCCCGAUGGCCAGGGUCUUGAAGCUUCCUUGGGCUCCGGAUGCUUUCCUGACCUUCUGCGCCGCCCCCCUGCUGGCUUCGCUUCCGUCGAGCUCCUAUCGCGCCUCCAAUCGCACCCCCUCCUCGCCCUCCAGGUCUUUGACUGGAGAAAGAAGCUGUCUUGUGAGAUCUCGGUGCUACCCGAGGAGUACUCCAAGGCGAUCACCCUGGCCGGACGCACUAAGAAUGAUACGCUCGCAACCGAGCUCUUUUGCGACGCAAUAGCUGCUGGCAUCAAUGAGACCUGCAUCUACAAUGCGCUCAUGUCCACCUGCAUGUACAAUGGCCUCACGAAUAAAGCGAUCCUCGUGUUUGAAGAUUUGAAGAACGAUGCCAAGUGCAAGCCCACGAUUGUCACUUACAACAUUCUCCUUUCAUUGUUUUCUCGUUCCAUGCUUGUGGAUCAUUUGGAGAAAGUCCUCAAAGAGAUUGAGGACUCAGAGCUUCCCUACACCAUCAAUACCUAUAAUACUGUCAUUGCUGCGUAUGUUACGGCAUGGAGGUGGGACAAAGUGGAGAAUAUAUACCAAUCUAUGUUGGAAGGGCCAAUCAAGCCUGAUGAUAACACCCUUUUUCUGAUGUUGAGGGGUUAUGCCUACUCAGGGAAUUUAGAGAAGAUGGAGCAGAUUUACGAUCAAGUAAAGGAGACUGUUAAUAGUCAGCAGAUGACUUUGCUCCGAACAAUGAUAUGUGCCUAUACUAAGAGUUCUCAACCUGAUCGAAUCAAAAAGGUGGAAGCUUUGAUGAAGUUAAUACCAGAGGAUGAAUAUAGGGCUUGGCUCAAUGUGCUUUUGAUCAGGAUGUAUGCACAGGAAGGCUUGAUUGAGGUUAUGGAAAGAUUAAUAGCUGAGGCAUUCCAGCGACAAACUAUAGUGACUACUACAGGAGUGAUGCUGUCGAUCCUUUCCGGUUACUUCAACAAUAAUGCAGUGGACCGGCUAGCUGGAUUCAUUAAAAAGGCAGAGUCUGCUGGGUGGCGGCUUUGCCGGUCAUUGUACCACUGCAAGAUGGUGAUGUAUGGGCAGCAGAACCGCUUGGGUGAGAUGCAUGGGGUUUUGGAUGAGAUGGAGAAUUUUAGAUUUGACCGAACAAGGAAAACAUUUCUGAUUAUGUACAAGGCAUAUGCUAACACAGGAAGGAGAUCAGAGGCAGAGUCAGUCUUUGGCAUGAUGUGGAAACAUGGUUUGGGAAAUUCUGAUGAUGCUUUUGUUACUUGAUAUUUGAGGAAGUCCAGAUGAUUCUUUUGCUAACUGACAAACCAGCAUAUUACUGAGUUUCAUAGCUUUUGAAUGGAGAUAUUACUGGAACAUAUCAGAGGCUGGGAAUUGAUUUCCGUAAUCUCCCCGAUCCACCGAUAAUGCUAAAGCAAAGCAGUGAUUUGUGAUUUACUUCUGUGCAUUAAUACUUGUAGAUAUCUGCUGAGGAGGCAUCUCCUUGUCAUUGUUUCAGUGAUUAUUUAUUUAACAUAAAAGGUAAAGUGAUCUCAACAUGGAGGAAAAAUUUUGGGGGGAAAAAAUAAUAAAAGAGCCCCCUUUUAUUUUUUAUUAUUAGUAAAAAUAUCAGAAAUACCUUUUAGAUUGGUUCAACAAUGUAGUAAUAUCUGAAAUUGCUCCAGCGUAGUGUUGGUUAAAAUUACUUCAAUGUUAAGUUGCUCCAAUAUUCUUUAA